GCGAGAAGGAGAUUGGCCCUGCCGAAUGCCAGGGCCCUCGCCAGGCGGUCGAGGGGCGGGGCCUCGGAGGGCUGUGUAUGGAGCGGCUGGCGGAGGCGGCAGGGAGCGGAGCCCCGAGCGCUGGGAAAAGCAUUGGACAUUUUUCCACCAUGCUGAUGACAUUUUAAAUAUAUUUGUCAAUUUUCCCAAAUUUUAACUGAAGAAAACCUUAAGAAUUUAUACUUGAGGACUAAAGUGUGACUGCCAGUUAUCAGGCUUUCAGGAUGAAUCUGGAAAAACUCAGCAAGCCAGAACUCCUAACACUAUUCAGUAUUCUUGAAGGAGAGCUUGAAGCAAGGGACCUUGUUAUAGAAGCUUUAAAGGCCCAACACAGAGAUACUUUCAUUGAAGAACGCUAUGGAAAAUACAACAUCAGUGAUCCUUUAAUGGCACUCCAGAGAGACUUUGAAACACUGAAGGAGAAGAACGAUGGCGAGAAGCAGCCAGUCUGCACAAACCCGCUGUCGAUCCUUAAGGUGGUGAUGAAGCAGUGCAAGAACAUGCAGGAGCGCAUGCUGUCGCAGCUGGCUGCCGCCGAGAGCAGGCACCGCAAGGUAAUCCUAGACCUUGAGGAAGAAAGGCAAAGGCAUGCACAGGACACAGCUGAAGGAGAUGAUGUCACCUACAUGCUGGAGAAGGAGAGAGAGCGGCUGACUCAACAGUUGGAAUUUGAAAAGUCCCAAGUGAAAAAGUUUGAAAAAGAGCAGAAGAAGCUCUCCAGUCAGCUGGAAGAGGAGCGCUCCCGCCACAAGCAGCUCUCCUCCAUGCUGGUGCGCGAGUGCAAGAAGGCCACCAACAAGGCCGCCGAGGAAGGCCAGAAGGCGGGAGAGCUGAGCCUGAAACUAGAGAAGGAGAAGAGUCGGGUGAGCAAGCUGGAGGAAGAGCUGGCUGCUGAGAGGAAGCGGGGCUUGCAGACGGAAGCCCAGGUGGAGAAGCAGUUGUCUGAGUUUGACAUUGAGAGGGAACAACUGAGAGCAAAGCUGAACCGAGAAGAGAACCGGACCAGAACUCUGAAAGAAGAGAUGGAGAGUUUGAAGAAGAUAGUGAAAGACCUAGAGGCUUUGCACCAGCAAAGUAGCCCCGGCGAGCAAGGGAAGAAACCAGUAACCCUGUCUAAAGGCACGGCAACUGAGCCGCCCGUGCUAGUGUCUGUAUUUUGCCAAACGGAGAGUUUUCAGGCAGAAAGAACCCAUGGGAGCAGCACGGCCAAGGUAACAGCCACAGGGCUGCCUGGUCCCACCACUCCUGCUUACUCUUAUGCAAAAACCAAUGGACAUUUUGACCCAGAAAUGCAAACUACCAAGGAGCUGAUUACAGGCAGCAGUGUAGAAAACCAAGCGCCUCCACGAGAGAAGCCUGUGGGAUUGGCCCAAGAGAAAGCAGUAGAGAAUGGUGGGUGUCCUGUGGGAAUAGAGACUCCAGUCCCAGCGCCUGGUCACCUCCCUUCCAGUGGGAGUUCACUGUCCCCCAGCAGCACUGCCUCUUCCUCUCUCACAUCCUCUCCUUGCUCUUCACCAGUACUAACCAAGCGCUUAUUGGGGUCAUCAGCUAGCAGCCCUGGCUACCAGUCAUCCUACCAAGUAGGGAUCAACCAGCGGUUCCAUGCAGCUCGGCACAAAUUUCAGUCCCAAGCAGAUCAGGACCAACAAGCUAGUGGUCUACAGAGCCCUCCAUCCAGGGAUCUAUCCCCAACCCUCAUAGACAACUCUGCCGCCAAGCAGCUGGCCCGAAACACAGUCACCCAGGUGCUCUCCAGAUUCACUAGCCAACAAGGACCAAUCAAGCCCGUGUCUCCCAACAGCUCUCCCUUUGGCACAGACUAUCGAAAUCUGGCCAACACUGCCAGCCCAAGAGGUGACAGCAGCCAUUCACCUACUCCAGGGAAAGUGUCUAGUCCUCUGAGCCCCCUGUCUCCAGGGAUCAAGUCCCCUACCAUCCCCAGAGCUGAGAGAGGAAACCCUCCACCCAUCCCACCCAAGAAACCUGGCCUCGCUCCUUCUCCGUCUGCUGCCACUCCACUGAGCAAACCUCAUCCCCAGGCAUCCUCUUUGACCACCACAGAAGACCUUGCCAGCAGCUGCUCUUCUAAUGCUGUCGUAGCCAAUGGCAAGGAUGUUGAGAUACUCUUGCCUACCAGUAGCUAGUCCCUAGGAGGGAGUCUCCACAUUUGACAUUCCAUCAGAUUUCAUCCAAGAGCUCAGAGUCAAGCCAUUGAGUCAGAUCAUGUUAUUUAUUUUGAUAGUAGCUGAAACUAUCUGUAUAAUACAUUUAGUGUAUUUCACCUUUUUGUAUUUUUUAGGUAGAAACUAAGUAGUUUGGAUUUUUAUGAUCCACAUCUUUGUGCUAAAGCUAGAAGGGCACCUCAAAGAUGUCUAAGCUUUGCAGUCACCAUCGUGUUAUGAUGGAGAAAGCUAAUUGAGUACCAGGUGGUGAUUUCCUGUCUAUUUGGGGACUAGAGUCACUCAACACUCAUUUUGAAUUAUGUGGAAGUGGCUCAUGCAGACUUUAUUCCAGAUGAACAUGUUUUAAAAGUGCCUGAAAUUAGACUGCCAUAUGAAUGUGAUUCUGCAGCAGUAACACAAAAUGGAUCAUUUAACUGCAAAAAAUGAGACCCUCUGUGAAUUCUUAAUGUUAAAAACCAACACUGCUUUUAAUCCUCUUUCACUGUUUUUUAAUACAAGUUUUGUGUUCAGAAACAAGGCUGCAUAAGUAGAAUGGGAAUCCUAAAGGUGGGUGUGAACUUGCCACAAAGCUGAGCGUUAUAGAGCCCUUGAGAAACCCUCCUUAACAUUAAGCAGUUGGGGUGCUGAUUUUCUUGUACUUUUGAAAAAUUACAUCGCUCCCAGUUUCCUGCAUAAGUUUUUGAAUACAAUGAAAUCACAUCUCCUUCAAAAAUAUCUUCAGGCAUCUACUGUUGUGUAAGGAACUUCUGAUUCCGAUUGCUAUUACUUGAAUAGGAAAUGGUUACUCAUUCUGUAUAAAAGUUUGCAACAGAAUGAGAUCUUUAUUCUGUAAUGAAAAAGCAAUAACUUAAAGUUCAC